AUCCCCCUGAAACAUUUUUCAAAUAUAAAAAAAGGUCAGUAUCGUCCCAAGAAUUAGUAAGUUAGAGGAAGAGCUCCUUUGUACAGAAUAAUAAAAAAAAGGCAAACCAAUCUUCAUAAAUUUCAUCGUGAAUGUGAAAUACUUAUAUUCUACAAAAAAGAAUUAUUCAAAUUAUUAUACGAAUAUAUACAAAUAAAAAAAUUAUUAUACGAAUAUAUACAAAUAAAAACGAGGGAGGGAAAAAAAGAUGCAGGGUCGUUUGUCUGCUUGGCUAGUCAAACACGGACUAGUUCAUAGAUCUUUGGGUUUUGAUUACCAAGGAAUAGAGACUUUACAAAUCAAGCCCGCGGAUUGGCAUUCCAUUGCUGUCAUUUUAUAUGUGUAUGGUUACAAUUAUCUGCGGUUGCAAUGUGCUUAUGAUGUAGCACCGGGCGGGCUGUUAGCUAGCGUAUACCAUCUUACAAGAAUAGAGUAUGGUAUAGAUCAACCAGAAGAAGUAUGUAUAAAGGUAUUUGCCCCAAGGAAGAAUCCUAGAAUUCCUUCUGUUUUCUGGGUUUGGAAAAGUGCGGAUUUUCAAGAAAGGGAAUCUUAUGAUAUGUUGGGAAUCUUUUAUGAUAAUCAUCCGCGUCUGAAACGUAUCUUAAUGCCGGAAAGUUGGAUAGGAUGGCCCUUACGUAAAGAUUAUAUUGCUCCCAAUUUUUAUGAAAUACAAGAUGCUUAUUGAAUAAAAUAAUAAGAAACUAAUCUUUAGUCUUCCAACUACAAAUAUUCCUUGAAUAUUUGUACACACAUCAAUAUUGAUUUUUGGCAAGUGGAACUAAUAGGAUGAACUAAACGAAUUCUGCAUCGUGAACUUUGUACCGCGCAUAUCCCUUAGAUGAGCUUUAAAAAGUCACAUAACAUAGGAGCGAAUGAAGAAAUAGAAAAAGAAUGUGAAAUAAAAUAUAAAGAAAUGAAAGAGGAUCAGAU